GUUAACACAUUGCUGCUAGGAGAACUUUGUGCUGCUGAAGAGCACGCACUCUAUACUUGUAUAGCAAAAGGAGAAAGUCUUAAUGGUGAGUUCGUUAAACAAUGCAAUUUUUCCAAAAAACACUGAACACCCGUCAAAGGAGGAAGACAGAUUAUCGUAAGACUGCUCAACAUAAAGCUCAACAAUUAAAGGUUAACUGCUCACUUCACUCUGGAUAUUAAGGCUAACUGUUGAUGUGCUGGAUACUAUCAGUUAAACCCACAGGAUUAUUAAAAGACAGUAUUUUAAACAAGUGAAUGAAAUCAUUAAGAAAAUUGAAUCACAGUGUUAGCCUUUCUGAAAAAUGUUAACUGUGUAAUCUUCAUUUAACUUGAGCAAAUAUUUUAGAAAACGGGCCAAAACUUCGGAAGAACAUCCACAAACUAUAAUAAAGUCCAGCAGUUUCGAUAUAUCUGUUGAGCUCAUCCAUUCCGAAUUCCAAGAUCAUAUCCUGUCUAAUGUCAAAAUCCUGAUCUUCAAGUUGUAAUCGUUUCCUUUCCAGCUUUUACUUUUUAUACUAGUUUAACCAAUUUCCCUGAUACUCAACGUGUAAAGUAACUCCUAAUUAUGGCCCGGAUGAACAGUGCUGCUGUUAUUGGUCGUCAGAUUCGCCAACAACAUGGAACGGGAAAACUCCCUCCCCCUACACCGACCCGCAAACCACGACCAAGAACUCCAUCCCACCAGCAUCUCCAUCCUCUGCCACCUUUAGGAUACGGAUCAUCACUGCAAAAUGAAGAAGAGCAAAAGCCUAAAUCACGUUUCAGCUGGGCUUGUUGCUGGCGAGGAAUCAAGUCCCUCAGUGCUGGGAUCACCCUGAUCCUCAUGGGAACUGUCAUGUCUGUGGUCGGUUUCUAUGCAGGCCCCCUUGCUACUUAUCUAGAGCAACGAGGCAAUGAGACUGUGGCUGUGCUGGAUGAAGUCAAGAAGUUCCAUCUACAUAAUUUGACCUACGCUGGUCCCGUCAUUAUGGGAAUUGGUGGUAUUGUCAUUGUAGCCGCAUGUGUUCUGACUUUUGAUGGUAAGGAUGCUGGAGCUCGCGUGGUACCCAUGAAAGAGCAUCAUGCGGAUGGUGACGUUGCUGUUUCUGAGCAAUUUGAAGGACAACUGCACCAAAAGGACUAUUCCUCUGGUACUGGUCAUUAUGGAAACUACCUAACAGUUCCCAACAUGUCUCCCUUCUUCCCCAUUCGUAAACCUUCAAUAACGUCUUUAAGUGAGCGACGACGAUCCAGGAUAGAGACCAAAAGAGAAACUGUAUUGAAUGCAGGGAUUCCUAAUGGUCUGCCAAAACCCGAAAGGUCAACUCUAACGCUGCCCACAAGACGACCUUCAAGCCAAGAUCGAUCGUUGUCCCAUCUGAUGAGUCCACAGAUAGAGGAUGACUUCGUGGCUUCACCCCAAGACAUUGUUUUGUCUGAUCCUGAUGGCUGCGAUACUCCUGGUCGCUGCUCUGUUGGAUCCCUGGAAUUAGAGCUUUAUGUUCCAGAUUGCUCCAUUAUGAUAUCCGUAAAUGCAGAAUCCCCACAUUUGGCCACUAUUGAAAGUGAUGGACUCUCGGACAGUGAGACGUCCGAGGGCAGAGAACCCAGGUCUUGCCGCCUAGACGACGAUGACGGCCAAGCUGAGCCCCUUCUUAAAGGUAGGGUUAUUCAGAUGCCAAAAAAUGAAACGUCUUUCUCAAGUCACCAGUUAAAGAGCGAAACUUGUAGAGCCAGAGAUUUUGAAGAUGAUCUUGAACAACCACUGUUACAUGACAUUAGCCAAGACUCUCUAACUAACAGACCAGCUCCUGCAUUUAAGUCUUGCACAGAACCCCUUGAUCGCCACAUCCCCCUUCUUGGAAGAUGUAGCCCCCCAACCCCAGAAAGGGGCUUAUAUCUGACGAAAUUGGAGUUUCCUUCAGAGAGACUGUCUUAUCAAAUUGGACUGAAUGGAAGAUGUAAUGGUAUAUCCAGCUAAGCCAGCAAUGAAUUGUAUUAUAAAAUAACUUAUUAGCAGACAAAAUCAAAUGAUGUUUCCAAGGGAUGUCAGGCAUGACAACACCGUUAAUGAUCAUUCUAUAUAUUGUGUGCGUAAUGUGGCUUCUCAGUUGUUCACGUGUAUUGUAAUUAUAUAUUAAUCCAAUGUGCCUUUUUUAACGUGAUUCACUUGUUCUACAAUACAUAGCGAAGAAAAAGUUGCUGAAGUCGCCUUCUAGUUUCAGUUUGUAGGCUUAGCACAAGUAUUAAUGCUAUUAACUAGAACACAAGAGAUUACGAAGAA